AAAGGCUUUGUGGUAGAGUUAAAGCAAUAUUGUCUGCUGCUGCUCCUAUUUCUCCUGAUGUGAUGGAUUUUUUGAAAAUUUGUUUUUCCGCUGAUGUGUUUGAAGGUUAUGGUCAAACUGAAAAUGCUGCUGCUUUGACAAUCUCACUAUAUGGAGAUCUGACAUCAGGUCAUGUAGGACCGCCACAAGCAUGCGGUGAAGUUAAAUUGGUUGAUGUACCCGAAAUGAACUAUACAUCAAAUGAUAAACCGUAUCCACGAGGUGAAAUAUGUGUUAGAGGCAAUGCUGUAUUUAAAGAAUAUUACAAAGAACCAGGGAAAACAAAGGAAGUAAUCGAUAAAGAGGGUUGGUGCCAUACUGGUGACAUUGGAAUGUGGGAUGAAUUAGGUAGACUUGUAAUUGUUGAUCGUGUUAAAAAUAUUUUUAAACUGGCUCAGGGUGAAUAUAUUGCUCCUGAAAAGAUUGAAAAUGUUUACUGUAAACACGAAUUAAUUUCUCAAGCAUUUGUAUAUGGUGAAUCACUUCAAACAUCAUUAGUUGCUGUAAUUGUACCUGAUCAUGAUGCUUUAAUUUUGUGGGCUAAACAAAAUAAUUUGGAAAAAUACUCAUUCGAAGAGCUAUGUGAACUUCCAGACACUAAGAAACAUAUUCUUCAAACUCUGGUUAAUUAUGGUAAAACAAAUGAUCUGAAAGGAUUUGAGAAUGUGAAAAAUAUAUAUUUGACAACAGAAGGUUUUAGUGUAGAAAACGAUUUGUUAACUCCUACUUUUAAAUUGAAGAGGCAUCAAGCUAAAAUUAAGUUCCAGAAGGAAAUUGAAAAGUUGUACUCUGAAAUAUCUCAAACUUAG